UGUGCUACCUGCACCACGUGGGCCGGGGGGGCGGGCAGGUAGGGCCGCGGCCCCAAACAGAAAAGCCCGCAGCCAUUGCGAGCUUCCCAGGGGUGCAGCCGGCGUGGGAGCGGCUGCCUCCCGCCCCCAGGAGAGGAGAAAAAGAAGGGGGGAAAGGAAAGGAAAGGGGUGCCCGAGCAUCUGCCCCGUGCCAAGUCCCCCGGGAGCCGGGCUGCAGGUUGGGGGCUGUACCACUUGGGUCUUGCUUGGAAGCGCCUCGAGCGGGGAAAGUUUGUGGCCUCUUCUUUGCCUUCUCCAUUCCCUCGUUCCCCCCCUCCCUCCCCUUUUUUUUUUUUUUUUUUCCUUUUUUUCUUCCUAUUCUUUCCCACUUCCCCUGGCCCGGCGGCACCAUGACGGCGUCUCCCGACUACCUGGUGAUCCUCUUUGUGACCACGGCGGGCACCAACGGGGCGAGGCUGGGCUCGGAUGAGCGAGAGCUGCUCCAGCUCUUGUGGAAAGUGGUUGACCUGAGGACUAAGAAGCUGGGGCACCCUCACGACCUGUUGGUCCGCCCCGACCACCCGGAGCUGACGGCUGAGUGCCAGGAGGUCACCAAGGUGGACGUGGAGAGCCUGGCGCUGGCUCCGUCGCUGGAGCAGGCGUUGAGACAGUUUAAUCAGUCUGUGAGCAAUGAGCUGAACAUCGGUGUAGGUACUUCCUUUUGUUUCUGUACUGAUGGACAAUUGCACAUUAGACAGGUUCUGCAUCCUGAAACUUCCAAAAAGAAUAUCUUACUGCCUGAAUGCUUCUACUCCUUUUUUGACUUGCGGAAAGAGUUCAAGAAGUGUUGCCCUGGCUCACCUGACAUCAGCAAACUGGAUGUUGCGGCCAUGACAGAAUAUUUAAAUAUUGACAAGAACAGUUCAGCACUCGCCUAUGGAGCCUCUCGAGUUGAAGAUAUGGGGAACAUUAUUUUAACACUAAUAUCUGAACCAUACAAUCACAGGUUUUCAGAUCCAGAAAGAGUGAACUACAAAUUUGAAAGUGGCCCUUGCAGCAAGAUGGAGCUUGUGGACGACAACGCUGUCAUCCGAGCAAGAGGGCUCCCUUGGCAGUCAUCUGACCAGGACAUAGCAAAGUUCUUCAAAGGCUUAAAUAUUGCCAAGGGAGGUGCUGCGCUCUGCCUCAAUGCCCAAGGGAGGAGGAAUGGGGAGGCUCUCGUCAGGUUUGUGAAUGAAGAGCAUAGAGAUCUGGCACUGCAAAGACACAAGCAUCACAUGGGAAACCGAUACAUUGAGGUAUACAAGGCAACAGGUGAAGAUUUCCUGAAAAUUGCAGGAGGCACUUCCAACGAGGUUGCACAGUUCUUAUCAAAAGAAAACCAAGUGAUAGUCAGGAUGCGAGGUCUUCCUUUCAACGUGACAACAGAAGAAGUACUGGCGUUCUUUGGCCAGCAUUGCCCUGUAACAGGAGGGAAGGAGGGAGUCCUAUUCGUCACAUACCCUGACAGCAGGCCAACAGGGGAUGCCUUUGUGUUGUUUGCUUGUGAGGAAUAUGCACAGAAUGCACUGAAAAAGCAUAAGGACUUGCUUGGAAAAAGGUACAUUGAACUCUUCAGGAGCACUGCAGCAGAAGUUCAGCAGGUGCUGAAUAGGUACUCUUCCACACCUCUCAUUCCACUCCCAACACCUCCUAUUCUUCCAGUAUUACCUCAGCAAUUUGUGCCUCCAACUAAUGUCAGAGACUGCAUACGUUUGCGUGGACUUCCCUAUGCUGCCACUAUUGAGGACAUCCUGGAGUUCUUGGGGGAGUUCUCUACAGACAUUCGGACCCAUGGCGUUCACAUGGUGCUAAAUCACCAGGGACGCCCAUCGGGAGAUGCUUUUAUUCAGAUGAAAUCUGCAGACCGAGCUUUUCUGGCUGCACAGAAGUGUCAUAAGAAGACUAUGAAGGACAGAUACGUUGAAGUCUUUCAGUGUUCUGCUGAGGAGAUGAACUUUGUGUUAAUGGGGGGCACUUUAAAUCGAAAUGGCUUGUCCCCACCACCAUGUAAGUUACCAUGCCUUUCACCUCCUUCUUACUCCUUUCCGGCUCCUUCUGCAGUCGUGCCAACAGAAGCUGCUCUAUAUCAACCAUCUGUACUCCUGAACCCGCGGACAUUCCAGCCCUCCACAGCGUACUACCCUGCUGGCGCUCAGCUCUUCAUGAACUACACAGCCUACUACCCCAGUAUGCAGCAGAGGAUGGACUUGUACGCACAAGUGAUCCGGCCAGGAGAGUGUCCAAAGAAUGGAUUUGCACUUAAAGGUCCCAGCAGUUAUCCUUCCUUAGAGAAGGCUUCUCAGACACAAGGGCAGCUUCAGCCUCAGGCAUAAUCCACUUCUGGGCAACAUCUUUACCUGCAGCUAUCAGCUACUUGGAGACCUACAGAGUACACUGCAACAUAUCUGAGGACAAAAGUGACUGUCAUCAGUCAACAAGAUGUUUUUUGGCUGGGUUGAUGAAGCUAGACCUCAUCAUACAACAUCCCUACUAUAGCUUGAGGCCAUAGUUGGAUGCUUACUAGCAUCAAUGUGAUGGUGCACUGCAUCCUAUGCACACCUUGCUCUUUGUUCUGGAUCUGGAAAGCUGUACCUGUUGAGAAAAGAGUUCAUCUUUCAGGCAGUUUUCACCCAGUCCGGGUUGCUGAGUUUGAGGGAGGAUGUUGGCAUUGCCACUUUGGGGUCGGUGGUAACGCUGCAUUCGAUUUUCCACAAGUCUUUGGUUUUCAAACAGUGUGGCAGGAGUGGUUGAAAUCUCAAUGUAUUUAACGUGAAAAUCAAACUGAAAAAUUCUUUGCUUUCAAUCGUGGGGUUUGGUGACACGCAGCACUUUCUCAUGCAGAUUCCUCCGACUUUUCCGGUGGCUCAAAGAACUGCAGCAAGCCUAGAGUGGAGAUCCUGAUUAUAUUCCUUGGUUUGCCACUGCUCAAACUGGUUGUGCUCAAGAGAGAAGUCAUCAGAAAUGUGGACACUGUCAUAUGGACCUCUAAAUCUUAGUGUUAGUGCUUGAUUUUCACAGGUACACACAUAGUCAUCAGGUCACCAAGCCCUUCACUGAGAGCACAGAUGCUGAACUUGCACAACUCAUCGAGGUUUCUUGUUGAAUAAAUGAAGUAUUAAGCUGUUCUUAAUGUAGAAAUAGUUUAGCCUUGACUUACAAACUCCAGUAAAAGAUCCUUUGGGAUAUAAAAGAGCUUUUUAAACUAAUCUUGCACAAACAUCAAACUUCUUAAAAUGUGUUUUUAAGAAUAAUUUUGUAUUUGAUAUUUUUGUCAAAUACUUUGUCUUGUACUUAUUUGUCUCUGUGUGCGAGCGUGGUCUUUCGUCUUCUCCUGUUUAAGAGAAGGAACUGGGACCUGGUGUGAGGCCCAGCACCCAGCUUGUUUUAAGGAAGCAUGGUUUAUUUACAUCCUUAUUACACUGUUAUGGGUAUUGAAGAGUGGGGUCUGCUGCAGAUGUUGAGCUUCACCUGGGUUCCUCUCCCUGCCAUGCAACUCUUGCCCCCAGAUGCCGUUGUGCUCUGCAGUGCCUGUGUGAGUGCUGGGGUGGGCUGUGUCCCUCUGCUUCAUCUUCUGCAGCUACCUUCCCCCUAAAAGCACCAACAAAACAGAACCACCAUCUCAGCAAUCUAGAUUUGUAUUUUCUUCUGGGAUGCUUCACGCUGUUAGAGUCUGAUGUGUCUGAAUACUUGUGCCCUUCCUUUAGGUUUUUGUAAGAGCUUAAUGUUAAGAGUUGCUUAAAUGGGCUUUUGUCUAACGCUGCUCUCUGUGGUUGAUGGGCCAGUCUGCCUGACGUGAUACAACGCUAGUCGACCAGGAACAGUACAAUCUUGUUUUAAUACUAUGUUAAAAAGAUAAGAGAAUUCCAUCACAAGUUGUUUUCUACUAAAGCAACACCUAAAUAAAUAAACUCUAAGUAAAAUUUA